AUGACCCUACUUUUAUUAACGUGUAGUAUUUACGUUCUUUUAUUAUUUCAGUCACAUAUUAUUAGUGCAUGUCCAUCUGUUUGCUCAUGUCAUGGACCAAAUGUUGAUUGUAGCAAUCGAGGACUACAAACAAUACCAUCUGGUAUACCACGAAAUGUUUUUAAACUAGAACUUCAAUUCAAUAAUUUAUCAAUAAUCCGAAAAGAUGAUUUUAAAGCAUUUCGUCAACUACGCAUUUUAAAUCUUCAAGACAAUCAAAUACAUACAAUUGAUACUGAUGCAUUUCGAGAUUUAAUAUCAUUAGAAAAAUUCUCUAAUCAAUUACGAGCCAUUAAAAAAGGAACCUUACAGGGUCUUCAAGCUAUUGAUAAUUUACAAUUGGAUCACAAUGAGAUCACUUGUAUUGAAGCAGAAGCUAUUAAUGGACUCAAUCGUUUGGAGAUUGUACGACUUCAUGAUAAUCAAUUCGUAUGUGAUUGUCGUCUACUAUGGCUUGCUAAGUAUCUUAAAUUACAUCCAUUUCUUGGUCUUAAUGCACGAUGUCAAGAUGCUGAUACAUUUAGUUAUAAAGAUAUAACAUCAUUAAUCGAUGAUGAAAAACAAUGCAAUAGCAUGGAUAUUGAUGAUAUCGAUUAUACAUGCAAUGUACCUGUAUGUCCAUAUCCAUGUACAUGUUUUAAUGGUGUUGUCGAUUGUAAAGAUAAAGAUCUAAUAGAAAUUCCAAGAAAUAUUCCAGAUACAACAAUUGAAUUACGUUUGGAGAAAAAUCGUAUUAUAGAAAUCCCACCAAAAAUAUUUUUUCAUUUAAAAAAGCUUCGACGUUUAGAUAUAAGUAACAAUUUAAUAUCAACUAUUUAUCCUGAUUCAUUCGCUGGUUUAAAAUCACUUAAUUCACUAUUACUUAAUGCAAAUAAAUUAGUAUGUGUACGUGGUGAUACAUUUCGUGGAUUAGAAAAAUUAAGUUUAUUAUCAUUAUAUGAUAAUAAACUUAAAACAUUAGUUAAUAAUACAUUUACACCAUUGAAAAGUAUCCAAACAUUACAUUUAGCUCGUAAUCCAUUUAUAUGUGAUUGUCAUCUUCGCUGGUUAAAUGCAUAUUUACGUGAAAAAAAGAUUGAAACAAGUGGUGUUCGUUGUGCUGGACCAAGACGUAUGGCAAAACGAAAAUUUGGUAUUUUAAAUGAUCGAAGAUUUCGAUGUCGAAAUCGAAUGGAAUAUGAACAAACAGCUUAUAGUACUCAAUGUGAAGUACAAUGUCCAAAAGGAUGUACAUGUGAUGGUACAACUGUUAUUUGUCGUGGAUUACAAUUACAAGAAAUACCUACUGAUAUACCACCGUUUACUACUGCACUUCAUUUACAAGAUAAUUUAAUCAAACGAGUUCCACGUGAUGGUAGUUUUCGACGUUUACGAAGUCUUCGUACCCUUGAUUUACGAAAUAAUCGAUUAGAAGAAAUUGAUGAUGAUGCAUUUGAUGGAGCUGAUUCACUCAAUGAAUUAUUUUUAAGUGAUAAUAAUUUGAAUAUAAUAACACCACAAACAUUUCAUGGCUUAAAAAAUAUUCGAACAUUAAUGUUACGUACAAAUAAAUUAACUUAUAUUAAAAAUGAUACUUUUUCUGAUAUGGAUGCACUUAAAACAUUAUCAUUACAUGAUAAUCGUAUUAAAUGUAUUGCACCAGGUUCAUUUGAUCGAUUACGAUCAUUAUCAGCUUUGGAUCUUUUAUCAAAUCCAUUUGUAUGUAAUUGUCAUAUGAAAUGGUUAAAAAGUUGGUUAAAACAAAGUAAAAUUGUUACUGGAUAUCCUAAAUGUAUGUCACCAACAAAACUACGAAAUAUUCCUAUUGUCAAUUUAACUGAUGAUGAUUUUGUUUGUAAUCCUACCGAAGUCGAUGCAUGUGAUGUAUCAUAUCCAAGUCAUUGUCCACAAAAUUGUUCAUGUUAUAAUCAUAUUGUACGAUGUUCACAUGCACAUUUAAAACAUAUUCCAUAUGAACAAAUGCCAUUAGAUACAGAAGAAUUAUAUUUAGAUGCAAAUGAUAUACAGGAAAUACCGUUGGAAUUAACAAAUCGUCUUAUUUAUCUGAUAAGAAUUGAUUUAAGUUAUAAUAAAUUACGUUCAAUAUCUGCAAAUAUGUUUUUAAAUUUAACACGACUUGAAACAUUAAUAUUAUCUUAUAAUAAAAUUCGUUGUUUAGAAUCAGCCUCAUUUAAAGGUUUAAGAAACUUAAGAAUUUUAUCAUUACAUGGAAAUGAAAUUUCAACAAUACCAGACGGUUCAUUUAAUGAUCUUACUGCUUUAUCACAUGUUGCACUCGGAGGUAAUCCACUUUAUUGUGAUUGUCAUCUGGGUUGGUUAUCUUCAUGGAUUAAAACAGAUUAUGUUGAACCUGGUAUUGCUCGAUGUAUUGGUCCACCUCAAAUGGCAAAUAAAUUACUUCUCACAUCUCCUAUCUUCUUUUUUCAAUGCCAUAAUGAAAGUGAAGCAAAUCGUUAUCGACAAAAAUGUGAUCCAUGUUUAAAUGAAGAAAAUCCUUGUUCUAACAAUGGUUCAUGUCGUGGAAUAUCAAUUGACAAAUUUCUAUGCAACUGUUUACCAGGAUAUCAUGGUGAACGUUGUGAAAAAGUAAUCGAUGCUUGUUUUGAUAAUCCAUGUAAACAACAAGGACAAUGUCAAACAUUAUCUGAUGGUCGUUUUAAAUGUCAUUGUUUAUCUGGUUUUACAGGAUAUCGAUGUGAAAAUAAUAUUGAUGAUUGUAUUUUACAUCGAUGUCAAAAUAAUGGAACAUGUAUUGAUAAAAUAAAUGAUUAUUCAUGUAAUUGUUUACCAUUAUUUACCGGAAAAUAUUGUGAAGCAAAAUUAAAAUGGUGUGAUGUAAAUUUAAAUCCAUGUAAUAAUAAUGGACGUUGUUUAACAGCGAAUAAUGGUUAUAAAUGUGAAUGUGCAUUAGGUUGGGGAGGAAUAAAUUGUACGGAAAAUUUAAAUGAUUGUUCAAAUCAUGUAUGUCAAUUUGGUGUAUGUGUUGAUGGUCUUAAUGGUUAUACAUGUAAAUGUGAUGUUGGUUUUAGUGGAAAAUAUUGUGAAAUAGCACCACAAUUAAAAUCAUCAUUCAUGAAAAAUAUUACUAAUGUAUCUCCAACACGAUGUUCAUCUGAUGUUUGUUCAAAUAAUGGCAUUUGUUAUGAAGAAUCAUUAAAUAUUCUUCGUUGUCGUUGUUAUUCAGGUUUUAUUGGCGAUCGUUGUGCUAUGUUAAAAAGUAUUCAUUCAAUAACAAAUGAUUCAUAUAUGAAAUUACCUAAACCAAAUGUAUAUCCACGUUCAAAUAUUACAAUUGUAUUUAGUACAAUACAUAGUAGUGGAGUUUUGGUUUAUUUUGGUCAUUUAGGACAUUUAGUUGCGGAAAUUUUUAUGGGUAGAAUACGUGUUAGUUAUGAUGUUGGAAAUUCACCUGGUUCAGUUAUGUUUAGUUAUGAUACUGUUAAUGAUGGAAAAAUUCAUGAAUUACAAUUAAUUAGUAUGGGACAAAAUUUUAGUUUAACGGUUGAUCGUGGUUAUACACGUUAUAUAAAUAAUCGUGGUCAAAAUGCUUAUAUGAAUACAAGUGAUAUAGAUGCAUUAUAUAUUGGUGGCUUACCAAAUGAUUUAACUGCUAGAGCUUUACAAUUAUGGCAUAUUCGAGAAGCAACGUCAUUUCAAGGUUGUGUUCAUGCGCUAUAUAUUAAUGAUGAUCCAAUAAACUUUGCUAAUGUUGAUUAUCGUCAUAAAGUUUUACCUGGUUGUGAAAACAAUGAACACAACCAAUUAUCAUGUACAUCUUCUGCAUGUCAACAUGGUCAAUGUCGUCUUCAUGAUUUAGAUUAUAAAUGUAUAUGUCAUGAAGGUUAUACAGGAUUAACUUGUAGUCAAUCUAUAACAACAUCAAUUGCAUUACCAUUAAUAAAUUCAUGUGACUUGAUUAUUGACAAAGGAUUUUAUAUUGAUCCAUUAACAAAAUGUACAAGCAAUAGACGUUUACGUAUGACAAAAUGUUCAGGUUUAUGUUCAUCAUUAAAUAAUGGUACACAAACAUCAUGUUGUAAACCAGUUGAACCUAAACGACGAUUUUUUCGUAUGACAUGUGCGAGUGGUUUUUCUUAUAGGCAGUCACUUGACUUCUUUAAACAAUGUACUUGUUCAAAUACUGUUUGUUAG